AUGUCAAGUGAAGUGACGAGAGCUGAAAACGAAUAUUCUAAAAAGACUCAUACACAUUCUAUAUCUGAAAUAACAGACUUACAAGAAACCUUAAACAGUAAAAGUGCCGUUGGACAUACACAUACCAUUGCAAAUAUUACAAACUUACAAGAAACCUUAAACAGGAAAAGUGCCGUUGGACAUACACAUACAUCUUCUGAAAUAACAGACUUAAACGUUAGCCUUGAAAAUAAAGCAGAUAAAACAUAUGUCAAUGAAAUAUACCAAAGUUUGAUAGGAACAAAAAAUAUUGAAACUAUUGUUGGUGACUUUUCUGUCAAUGAAGAAAAUAAAUAUUUUAGAUGGCAGUUUGUACAGUCCUUAGAAAAUGGUACACGGUGUAAACUCAUUCCGAAAAAUAACAAUGAAAUGUAUGUAAGCUAUAAAAAGAAUGAUGGUACACAAGUUAAAGUUCCAUUAGACAACAACUGCUACUUAAACUUAUAUGGAGACGAACAAAAGAAAUAUUUAAGAGUUUAUGAAAUGGCAGAUAUGACAUUGCCUGACCCAGCUCCAGCACCAUAUUAUUAUGACUAUGGAGAUGACGUCAGAACACCACAUGUAGAUGAACAAAAGCUAACAUUAUAUUUAGAUUAUUAUAGAUAUAAAAGAUAUAAUGCAAUAGAAAAAACGAGAAUAGUAUAUUAUUAUACAGAUGACAGAAAUAAAUAUUAUAGUCAAGAUUUUACCUACCCUGAAAACAUAAGAUUAUAUUAUAAAAAAUAUUCUGACACAAACCAGAAGAAACCUGAAAUAGUUGCACUAUAUUUUAAGUUCAAAAGAGACAAUCCUAUAAUAUCUCAUAUGUUUGAUUUAAUGAACCCAGUAGGUUCUAUUUAUACAUCUAUGGAUGCAAGAAGUCCUCAAGUAAUGUUUGGUGUUGGUGCAUGGGAACAAAUAGUCGACAG